AUGGAGCCGCGGCCGCGCCCGCUGGCCGUCGCCGUCAACGCGCUGCUCUGCGUCCUCUCUCUCUGCGUGUCCGCGGCCGAGGCCGAGAACGUGACCACCUACGACGCCAAGAACUUCGGCGCUAAAGGCAACGGGGUCGACGACGAUACCAAGGGGGUGCUCAUGGCGGCAACGGAUCUGAAGCGUUUUGGCAAUGACUGGAUUGAGUUCGGGUGGGUGACAAACCUCACCGUGGUCGGCCAGAACGGCGGCGUCAUCGACGGCCAGGGCGCCGCCUCCUGGCCAUUUAACAAGUGUCCCGUCCGAAAGGAUUGCAAAGUCCUUCCCACCAGUGUGAUGUUCUUGAACAACCAGAACACGGUGGUGCGCGACAUCACCUCGGUGAACAGCAAGUUCUUCCACAUCGCGCUGCUGCACAACAACAACAUGAGGAUGAGCAACCUCCGGAUCCAUGCGCCCGAGAACAGCCCUAACACGGACGGCAUCCACAUCGAGCGGAACACCGGCGUGAUCAUCUCCGACUCCCGCAUCGGCACCGGCGACGACUGUAUCUCCAUCGGCCAGGGGAACCACAAUAUAUACAUUGCCCGUGUCCACUGCGGCCCGGGCCACGGUAUGAGCGUUGGUAGCCUCGGCCGCUACGUCGGCGAGGGCGACGUCACUAGCAUCCACGUCACCGACAUGACCUUCCAGGGCACCAUGAACGGCGUCCGCAUCAAGACGUGGGAGAACUCCCCUACCAAGAGCCUCGCCGCGCGCAUGCUGUUCGAGAACAUGGUGAUGAAGGACGUGCAGACCCCCAUCAUCAUCGACCAAAAGUACUGCCCUUACUACAACUGCGAGCACAGGUACGUCUCCGGGGUCACCCUCGAGGACAUUAAGUUCAAGAACAUCAAGGGCACGUCGACAUUGCCCGUGGCCGUGCUGCUCCGGUGCGGCGUGCCGUGCCACGGCGUCGUGCUGCAGAACGUCGACCUCAUCUACAACGGACAGGCAGGCACCUUGUCACACUGCGAGAACGCCAAUGCCACCUACGUUGGCUACCAGCACCCAAAGCCAUGCGUCUAG